CUCAAAAUUAUCAACGGUAACUAUUGAGUCUAUAUCUAUGUACUUCUGCGAAGGCUUCUUCACAUUUUCACUUUGGUUGACUCUUUUUAUCUUUCGUACUGGGAUCAAGACCUGCACAAGAUUUGUAUUACUUGAAGAUAUUGGCAGGCAUGAAGAGAGAGAGAGAGAGAGAGGUAUAUAUAUAUGUAAUAAAUAUCAAAGUGUGAGUUACCUUGUAAUAUAUUCUAUUUAAUUCUCCACUUGGACUAGAGAAUUUGAUGGCUUUCUCACUGCAAAAAGCAGCCUUGUCUGUGGAGAUGAAGAGGAGGCCUGCUAUAGGGCCAGCUGUGGUUGACAAAUAGCAUUGGGUCCCAUAUCAUCAUCUGAUGACGAUGAAGAGGAUAAGUUGAUUCGGUGGGCCGAGGAUGCAGCUCGUCCCCCUCUCCACCAUCCGAUGAAGACGACGAGGAAGAGGAGAAGUUGAUUCGGUGGCGUUCAUGAAAAGUUUGAUGUUUAACGUGAUGAUACCAAAUAUAAAUUUGUGUUUUACGAUUUUGGUGCAGUAUUGCUUUUCAGGAUUUGGCUGUCGGACUUUGGGUCCAUUUCUUCUUCCACAUAACUUCUUCCACAUAAGAAGGGUUGUUAUGCUUUUGAGUAUUGGACUUUUUAGAUUUUCUUCAGUAGUUUUUUUUUUAGAAACCUUCCAUUUUAAUGUACUGCAAUCUGUUUGUAAUGUAAAUGGUGAAGAAGAAAGUAAAUAAAAUGCUGGAAGCCACGAGAAAUGGAUGCACAGUAGGUGUUUGAUAAAAGUCCUCAAAUGAUAAAAAAGGGCAGUGAUGGAAAAAAGAAAAAAAAAAUCAAUAGUCUUUACCCAACGGUCCCAACCCGACCAUUCGGGUCGGAUCAUUUUUCUCUUUACAUGAUUGCAGGAGGUGAGGUCGGGUCGGGUCGGGUCAAUUUUUCCCCCCCCCCUCUUUACAUGAUUGCAGGCCAAGUCGGAUUGGGCCAAAACAGUGGUUGGGUGGGCCAAUGUGCAGGACUAGUGGGUAUGAUAAACGCCUGAAAGAGAAUGUUGACUACUUGGAAGAGCUUAAAAGCUUAGCAGAAAAGGAAGGAGUAUCUAAUCAGGUUAAGAUCAUUACAUCAUGCUCAACAGCCGAAAGAAUUGCACUUCUCUCCCAUUCUCUGUGCGUAAUUUAUACACCAAAGGAUGAACACUUUGGGAUUGUUCCUCUGGAAGCAAUGGCAGCUCAUAAACCGGUAAUUGCAUGCAACAGUGGGGGCCCUGUAGAGACAAUUGAGGAUGGGGAGACAGGAUUUCUUUGUGAUCCUACUCCACGGCAGUUCUCUUUGGCUAUGGCUAAACUUAUGCAGGACCCCCAGAUGGCUGAAAGAAUGGGCAAAGAGGCCAGGAGACAUGUUACCGACUCAUUCUCCACGAAGAUGUUUGGUCAGCGUCUGAAUCAAAAUCUCUUUGAUGUUGCUAGGCCUAAGAGAGAGUAAAAACGGUGAACAUAACAUUAAAAGAAAUGACAAAAUGUUGGAAUUUCCUACGAUCUAGCAGAGUUGCUUGGAGGCCUCUGAAGGGACCGCCUCUGUCUGAUUCCGACCUCAGCAUCUUCUUAUUGCUGUCCGUUUUCCCAAUAGCAGAAACUAUUUCUUUUCGGCUCACUAGUGUGUUUCUACACUCUGUACCAGCAGUUGGAAAGUAGAUGAACCUGAUUGAUUAUAUUUUGUUUUGUAUUUUGUUUGCAACUUUGCGUAUUGAGUGACACACUUGAUGGAAAGCAUGCAUGUGAAUUGUGAGGGGCUUGCAUAUUUGGAAGAACAUAGAUGUUCUGAUCUUUGAAGGUCUUUUUAAGGUC